AUGGGACAAUACUUAAUUAACAAUCUUAUUGGAAAAGGAUCGUUUGGUCAGGUAAUGAAAGCACAUGAUUGUAUUUCAAAUGAAGAUGUGGCUAUUAAAAUUAUCAAAAAUAAACGCGCAUUCACUAAUCAAGCUCAAGUUGAAAUUCGUUUACUACGUGAAAUGAAUCAUUUUGUUGAAGAAGCUGCUGAAACUGGGAAAGAACCACCACCUGGAUCUAAUUUGAUUGUUCGUUUACUUACUCAUUUCACAUUCAGAGGUCAUUUAUGCCUGAAAUACAAAUUUCCAUGGUGUUUCAUUGGGUUUAACAAGAAAAUUCGCUCAACAAUUAUGCUGUGCAUUAGAUUUUUAUCUAGACCUGAAUUACAAAUCAUACAUUGUGAUUUAAAACCGGAAAACAUUCUACUUGUCAAUCCUAAGCGCUCAACCAUAAAAUUAGUGGAUUUCGGAAGCUCUUGUCAUAUAAAUGAGAAGAUUUAUCAAUAUAUCCAAUCACGCUAUUAUCGUUCACCAGAUGUUCUACUAGGAUUAGAUUAUACCAUGAGUAUUGAUAUGUGGUCUUUGGGAUGUAUUCUAGUUGAAUUACAUACUGGGGAACCUUUAUUCGCUGGACAAAAUGAGGUUGGACAAAUGAUGAAAAUUAUUGAAGUUCUUGGUAUGCCACCCCGGUUACUACUAGAAAAAAGUCGUCGUUGGCAUGUAUUUUUUGAACGAACAGUUGAUCGCACUUAUGUACCUAAAGCUGCUUGCCAGCAACCAGGUAGUCGUCGUCUUUCUGAAAUUUUGGGUGUCAAUACUGGAGGACCACGUGGGCGACGUUUACAUGAAUCUGGUCACACCCCAAUGGACUACAGCAUCUUCUUGGAGUUUGUACUGCGAAUGCUUACUUUCGAUCCAGCUCGACGCAUUAGUCCUGCUGCAGCAUUAGGUCACCGGUUUUUUCGACGUUCAAAUCCAGUGCCUUCUGGUGCCAACGUACUACAAUCGGGUCAGUGUGAUUCUGUUUCAAACGCUCCAGUCCUAGUUUGUCCCCCUCCUAACCAUUGGGCCAAUUUUGUCGAUAAUCCAACAUCUAAUCUAGUACAUAAUCAUUUGAAUAACUUACGAGUUUCUGGACACUCUGGUGUUGGUUUGGUCAAUCGAACAACUGAACAUUUAGAACUCAUGCGGAUUCAACAACAACCCAUGCGAAGUGCAGUCACUGGUUCUGUUAUGGUUUCACAGCCUCGCUCCAUCCCAAUUAUAUCUAAUGAUGGUGUGAUAACACAAAUUGCUGAACCGCUCUCACCUCUUUUAUAUGGAUAUCACGGACCAUUUCAUGUUCAUUCUAACCCAGGUCCUCUACCUCUUCAAAUUUCUCGUGUCAACCCAGCGCACCUUAUGCAAGGCGUUCAUUGCUUACCCUCGGUAAACCAAACUCAUACUAUGCCAGCCACAGCGAUUUCAACUACUUUUACCGAUUCAACUCACUUUCAUCAUCCAUAUUAUAUCGAAUCUGGAAUGUAUGCUUAUCCUCAACAACCUAUCCAAUUAACAUGGAUCAGUGGGUUAGGUGAACAUCAUUCAACUAGUUCUACCGCAUGUCUCACAUCUCCUGAUAUAAUGAAUGUAGCUUCUGCUUCUCCGGAGUUUGGCGUUAAAUUCCAAGACGAAAAACAAAGGGUAACAGUAAUAGGUUUGCUAAUGCAUUGAAAAUUUUCCAUUAUUUCUUAUUCGCCUCAAAAAUAGCCGUUCUGUGAUGCGAAUUAACAUGUUCACAAUCAAAUAUAUAUUCAUUGGGUUUUUUAAC